AUGGCGACAGAAAAGUCCUUCAGAAAGUCCCAGCUUAUUGCUUUUAACAACGUCGCCGCAGGCCAUGAUGGUGUGCUCUCAGACCCAUCCGGCGAACUCGUCAUCAAGCCUUGCAGGCAGUCCGAAAUAGACUUCUACGACUCCACCUCUGCACAUCCAGAUAUCAUGGCUCACAUCCCAACCUUCUUUGGCAGAAUCACUCUUGGCGCCGACACGAACGCAGCGCACGCAGCUGGAGCCUUGGUCUUGCCCAGCGAGACAGAUCCCGAGCCAUCCGUAAUACAUGGAGUCCCUGGUACCAUGGUCGUCGAAAACGCCUGGGCGCCGUCAAAUGGUGGUAGAAUUCAUACAGAUUCGGCCGUCGUCCUGGAAAACGUUGCAGCCGGCUUCAAGAAACCUAACAUCCUUGAUGUCAAGCUUGGCGCAAGGUUGUGGGCUGAUGAUGCUCCGAUGGCUAAGCGAGUGAAGCUGGAUAAGGACGCGGAAGAAACAACGAGCAAGUCUCUUGGUCUUCGAAUUGCUGGUAUGAAGACUUACCAGGGCGCACUCAGCAAUGGGGAAGAGAAUGUAACGCCUGACGGCUACCGAUUUUACGACAGAAUGUAUGGCCGCAGUUUCAGCGCUGAGACCAUUUCUCAAGGAUUCGAGGAAUACUUUCAACUGGCAAAGGGAGUGAAAGCCAAGGGAAUUAUUAGGAAAGUAAUCAGGAGGUUCUUGGAGGACCUGAGAGCGAUGGAGAGUGUGAUAGGAAAGGAAGAGAGCAGGAUGUACUCCGCGAGUCUCCUGUUUGUGUACGAAGGCGACCAGCAAGCUCUUCAAGACGCUUUCGCGACCGAGAGAGAUAUCAUUGCCUCCCUGGAUCGCAAUGUCUCAGACGGUGAUUCUACAAAGGGCAAUGGUGUCAUAAAUGAUGACGAUCCCAUAAAAGGCAACGAUACGGAUGCUGAUGUCAAUGUUGACGAUCGUGACAAUGAGGAGGAAGGAGAAGACGCCGAAGAAAUCAAGUUUCCUGCAAUCCAAAGCCUGAAGCUCAUCGACUUUGCUCACGCGGAAUGGACGCCAGGCCAUGGACCGGAUGAGAAUCUCUUGCAUGGCAUCAGGAAUACCAUCAAGAUACUCACAGGUCUCACAGGAUGA